CUCUUCUCUUGUUUUGAGUAGAGAGAGGGUUUCUCUGUUUCAAGUCUGUCGAGGAGGUGGUGCUCCAAGUAUGAAGCUAGGCUAGGUAUGAAGGAGAUGUGGUUGUGAAGCAGGGAUAUAGAGAAGAGUUGGACCUGAGGACUCUUGGAAAGGGUUAUGCCACCCCACAGGUUUACUGGAAACCCAACAGUGAAAGAGAAGGGCUGAUCCCUCCCUCCCCCCACCCUGCGCUUCCUGUGGUGUUCUCUGUCCAAGCAUGGCAGCUGGCGGCGAUGAGAGCGAAGUGUUCGUCAACCUGCAUCAGGUUCUUGCUGACAUUGAGAAACGCUCCCCAAAUGGACAAGAGGAAGAGGACUGGGAGAAAGCCCUUUCAGUGGAGAGAUUUGGGGAUCUCAUUUCUGAAACCUCUUCACGGAACGCUGAGAAAACGGGGCGCAGCUACAACGAGAGGGACUUUGAGUAUCACCGGCACACCUCCCAUCACACUCACCACCCUCUCUCCACCCACCUCCCCCCCACCACGAGGUUCCGCAAGAAGGCGUUUCGCGUCGACCGCCGCAAGAAGAAGAAACGCAAGAAAAAGAAGAUGUCCGUCCCGCCCUCCGACGUCACGCCAACCAUCCAGGAAGUAGAUGAGGAAGAGGAGGAGUCUGAUGCAGAGGGGCGGAACCAGUGUGCCAUGCCAACUCCACCCCUAGACGACAAACCAAAGUUCAGCAUUGGGAGGGAAGAAGACCUCAACCAGCCUUUGCCCUUCCAGAACUUUCACGUGGAGAAUGAGUGCACCCCCACCCCCGAGUCUCCACCCUCCACCAGCACCCCUCUCAUGAGCUGGGACCCCUCGGGACAGGGCGAGACUUUGAGCCGGUUCUCACAGCUUCCCCAGGACACUCUGGACUUGCCCUCGAGGGGGUGGUUUAAAAAGAAACCCCUUCACAGACUGGCUGGGGGCCAGAGAGCCAGCUAUGACCUGCGUGAGAGGAUCUGCAUCGGAAGCAUGACCGCCAUGGAGACGGCUGUUUAUCAGAAAGUGCCCACAGACGAGGCCGAAGCACGGAUGCUAGCCAGUGCAGAUUUGGAUGGCAUGAAAAGUCACAGGUUUGAGGACAACCCCGGGGUGCGGCGGCACUUGGUGAAGAAGCCGUCCCGCAGCCAGUUGACCCGAGCCAACCGAAAAACCUUGCCGCCCCCCUCCACCCUCAAAAAGAAGAAGACAGACAGGAAACCCCAUGAGGUGUUUGUGGAACUGAAUGAGCUGAUCGUGGACAAGAACCAGGACAUGCGCUGGAAGGAGACAGCGCGCUGGAUCAAGUUUGAGGAGGAUGUGGAAGAGGAGACCGAUCGCUGGGGCAAACCCCACGUAGCCUCCCUCACCUUUCGGAGUCUGCUGGAGCUACGGAGAACCAUCACACACGGGGCGGUCCUGCUUGACCUGGAGCAGACCACGCUGCCUGGCAUCGCUCACCUCGUGGUGGAGACCAUGAUCAUUUCAGACCAGAUCAAAGCAGAGGACCGGGCCAAUGUGCUGAGAGCCCUGCUGCUCAAACACAGACUCCCUCAAACCAGUAUCCUAGCAGCUCUUCUGGACUUACCUGUAAAGUCAGAAUGGUAUCAACUUCAAAAACUAACAUCCCCUAUCUUGCAUGUUUCUCCUGAAAAGAAAGAGACAUUGCAGACGAGGAUGUGGACAAUCCACCCCAAUGAUGAGAAAGAUGGGUUCUUCCCACGGAACUCCUCUGCCACUAGCAUGGGUUCGGUGAUGGCCAGUCACCACCACAACCACAACCACACCACAGACACAUGUCUCCCCCUAGUGGGGGAGGAGAAAAUUGAACUGCAUGACACCAAAUCACAGGAUUCAGAAAAAUCUGUGCACCGUCACAAUGGGGAGGGACACUGGAACAAAUCAGUGAAACUCCUGGAGAAGAUUCCUGAGGGGGCUGAAGCUACUGUAGUUUUAGUCGGCUGUGUGGACUUUCUUGAGCAGCCGGCCAUGGCAUUUGUCCGUCUGAACGAGGCGGUAUUCCUUGAAUCUGUCCUGGAGGUUCCAGUCCCUGUCCGCUUCCUCUUUGUGCUGCUGGGGCCGAGCCAGUCCAACAUCGACUACCAUGAAAUUGGGCGAUCCAUCUCCACUCUAAUGUCUGACAAGCACUUCCACAAGGCAGCGUACUCUGCCGACGAUCGGCAGGACCUCCUGAAUGCCAUCAACGAGUUCCUGGACUGCAGCAUCGUCAUCCCUCCCUCCGAGGUGGAGGGCAAGGACCUGCUCAAGUCAGUCGCCUCCUUCCAGAAAGAGAUGCUGCGCAAGAGGAAAGAGAGGGAGAAUAAGAAGUCCGGGAAUGUGGGAACUGUCCCUGUGAUGAAAGAAGUAAAUGAGGAGGAACAGCGGGAGGAGGUAGAGGACGACCCUCUGAAGCGCACUGGGAUCCUAUUUGGGGGGCUGGUGAAGGAUAUCAAACGGCGCUACCCCCGGUACCUGAGUGAUCUGCGAGACGUGCUUCACACACAGUGCCUGGCUGCCGUCGUCUUCAUCUACUUCGCUGCUCUCUCGCCUGCCAUCACCUUCGGAGGGCUGCUGGGGGAGAAGACCGAAGGGAUGAUGGGUGUCUCAGAGUUGAUCAUCGCCACCUCCGCUUUAGGGGUGCUGUUCUCACUCCUUGCCGGCCAGCCUAUGCUCAUUAUAGGCUUCUCUGGACCCCUCCUGGUCUUUGAGGAGGCUUUCUAUAAGUUCUGCCAGGACCAUGAGUUUGAGUACCUGACAGGCCGGGUUUGGAUCGGGUUCUGGUUGAUGAUCAUUGUGUUCAUUAUGGUGGCAGCAGAAGGGAGUUUCCUAGUGCGCUACAUCUCUCCGUUCACGCAGGAGAUCUUUGCCUUCCUCAUCUCCCUCAUCUUCAUCUACGAAACUUUCUACAAGCUCUUCAAGGUGUUUUACGAUCACCCUUUGCUGAAGUCUUACCCUCCCUACACUGAGCCAGGCCUGGAAUACAUCAAUCUGUCUGAUGUGGCCAAGACCACGGAGUCAUCAGUGGGCAUGCAGCCCAACACAGCCCUGCUCUCCAUGGUGCUCAUGCUGGGAACCUUCUUCAUCGCCUUCUUCUUGAGGAAGUUCAGGAAUAGCAGGUUCCUGGGAGGCAAGGCCAGGAGAAUAAUUGGAGACUUUGGAAUUCCUAUUUCAAUACUCUUGACAGUAUUUAUUGACUAUGCCAUUACAGAUACCUACACACAGAAGCUAAAUGUUCCCUCUGGAUUCUCUGUUACGUCUCCUAUGAAGCGAGGCUGGUUUAUCCAUCCUUUGGGGGAUAAGCAGCCUUUCCCUAUCUGGAUGAUGUUUGCAUCUGCAAUACCAGCCCUACUGGUGUUCAUUCUCAUCUUCAUGGAAAGCCAGAUUACCACCCUGAUAGUGAGUAAGAAGGAGCGGAGACUGGCCAAAGGGUCUGGGUUCCACCUGGACUUGCUCCUGGUCGUGACCAUGGGGGGGUUGUGCCCCCUCUUCGGCCUGCCCUGGCUGACUGCUGCUACUGUCCGCUCGAUAACCCACGUCAAUGCCCUGACCGUGAUGAGUAAGGCCACAGCUCCUGGAGAGAAACCCAAGAUCAGGGAGGUCAAAGAGCAGAGGAUCACCGCCAUGAUGGUCGCAGUGCUUGUGGGUCUGUCGAUUGUCAUGGCUGAUAUUCUGCGUCUGAUUCCCCUGGCGGUCCUGUUUGGAAUUUUCCUUUACAUGGGGAUCACCUCCCUCACUGGUAUCCAACUGUACGAGCGAAUGCUGCUCCUGGUCACUCCGUCAAAGCACCAUCCAGACCAUGUCUAUGUCACCAAGGUGAAGACUUGGCGAAUGAACAUGUUUACCUGUAUCCAGCUGGGCUGUAUCGUGGUUCUGUGGGUAGUGAAAUCCACUGUGGCUUCCCUGGCUUUUCCCUUCGUCCUCAUCAUGACUGUCCCUCUCCGGCGCUUCAUCCUCACUCGAAUCUUCGAGGACAGGGAGCUGAAAGCUCUGGAUUCUGACGAUGGCUGUCCCAACUUCGAUGAAGAUGGUCAAGAUGAAUACAAUGAGCUCCACAUGCCAGUAUAGACAAGGUGUGAGGAGCCACGGUGGAGAGGCACUGAAGGAAAGGAAGAGCAACGAACAAGAUAAAAAAGAGUGUGUGUGUGUGUGAGAGAGAGAGAGAGAGAGAGAGAGAGAGAGAGAGAGAGAGAGAGAGAGAGAGAGAUGGGCAUGGAGGGUAAGGCAGUGUGUAUGACCAUGAAGCAAAUAUACAUUGUAUUUUUCAAAGGGAGACAUAAAGUGUGAAUUAGAGGGAAAGCAGGUAAAGUGACAGAAGAUAUUUUUUUAAAUCCCACUCUGGUCUCCCUAUAUUAGCUCUGACAACUCAUUAGGACAUUGGGCUUGGGUGCAAUGAUGACAGUUGGGUGUAUAUAGAGGUCCUGUAAAACCAUCCAGUUGGAGUCUCUGUCUUUUGAGCAAAGAAGAGAUUUCUGGGUGAUGGAUUGUGGAGGAUCCUCACUGGAAAAGCACUCAAACAGCAGAGUUUAUACUGUAAUUUAUACUUUAUAUGUGUUGCAACAAAGGAAAUAUUACAUGCUUUGGUAAUACUUUGUUUAUUUGGACACAAUUACCAUGCUACCUAACGGUUAGAAUCGUUCCACUGUGAAAAAUGACAAAAGUUGUACACCUGUAUUUUCACUGUGCAUUCAAUUGGGAGUGCAGUUUUUAUUGCAGAUUAGUUUAAUUGCACAGGUAAAACUGUCAAAAAAUAUUAUCACUUUCAUUGGGAUUUCAAAUCCUUUUACCCUUAAACAGCACUAUGUAGCACAGUUUUGAUAGCGCCACAAAGGGUACGAUUGAGGGCAUGGCACCAGGGGCCUGUUGCCAAUUACUGAUUUCGCCAAAGUUAGAAUGAUAACAGGAACAUGAAAUAACUUGCAAAGAGUGCAUUUGGAGAACUGUUUUAUGUUUAUCCACUCAGAAGACGUACCUACUCAAACACUCAAUGACCCCUGUAGUUAUUGCUUUAUUAAGAUCAGCUUCACAAACAUUUCAGCUAAUGCCAGUAGCCAGUGCAGCAGUCCCUCAUGUUAAUCAGCUCUACUGUAAAGUUACCAAAAUAAUGCAUUUUCACUGCAGUUAAACUGAAUCAGAUAUAAUCAAAUAUUUUGUGAUUCAUGUAUUUCUAACUAGAGACUAGACUGUAUAUUGUUUGCCUGAAACAUGUUUCAGAAUUAUUAUAUAACUUGCAUGGUUUUAUGAUCAUUUAAACAAAGUGUUACCAUUGUUCUAAUUCAUAUUAAUAAGUUAUUUUUAUUUAUUUUUUUAAGUACUGUGCAUAGUUAGACGUGACAGUGCCAAAGCCUUUUUUUUUAUUCACAAAGAGGUGAUCUUUAAAAUCACGUGGAUCAGUUUUGGGGUUUCCUGAUGCUGUUUUUUUGAAAAUGCCAUGUAAAUAAUAAUGAACUCUAUGGCAGAGGUUUUCCCACAUUUAAAUUGAAAAGAAACCCUUACAGUGAGCCCAAAAGCAUGUCAUUUGAGACCUUAUUGCAUUUGGAGGAGGAGGAAUCGCUGGGGCUGUUCUUCUAAAACUUGCUGUGUGGGAAUCGUCCUUCUGAAAUUAAGAUUGUUUGAGACUUGGACCCAGAAUGUUUUAUUAGAAUACAUACCUACAGUACAUUUUGCCAGUAGAGAUUAGAGUUAGCAAAGAUCCCUUGACUUUAAUAGCAUUUUCACUACUUAAUGUGUAUUAUUUUAUCAAAAAUGUAUUUUACCAACGGUUCACAAU